AAAACAACCCAUCGACCAAUGGAUUUCUCUCUCUGUCUCUCUUCUCUGCACUACACAUUUCUGCUGCUUCGUCGUCGAUGCUCUCCGCCUCUUUCUCUCCUUCAGCUCACAGGUUUCUAGUUGAUAAAUUGGGAAGAAGAAGCAGGAAUGCUUGAAGGCUGAGAUGAUAAGCAGUAAGGUGGUUAUAACAUAUAGGCGAAAGCGAACGCCAUCAAGAUUAGAACCUGCAUGUGGAACUCCGUGCACUAAUUCAACUUCUGAAUCUCCAAGUGGAAAUCUUGCGACAAGACCAGGCCAGCAUGAUGAAUCAUGUAAAAGUUAUUUACCGGAAAAUCAGAAAGGAGAUGCUAGGCUCUGCAUUAAAUGUUUUGAUCUGGGAGGAAACCUGCUGCAAUGUGGUGGCUGCUCCCAGAUUUACCAUCCUCAUUGCAUUGAUCCUCCUGUUAAGCUUGUUACUCACGAGCAAUGGCUAUGCACUACUUGUAUUCAACAAAAAUGUUCGAGUAAGUCCCUGGAGCAGCAAGUCCCAGAGUCUGGGAGGAAAAUGGCAAGGAGUGGAUUAACUGAUAAAGUACUUCUGGCAACGAAUCAUGGAGAGUAUAGCUCUGAUAAGGAAACUGAAGGCUCACUACUAGCAGAUGCAUGCUCGAACUCUGGAUCCACUUGCAAGAGUGCAUUCCCUGAAACAAAAUCAAUUUCUCAAUUUGAAGAUGUGGAGAUUGAGCUUAAAGCAAAAUCCUCGUCCACAGAUUCAUCUCUUGAAAGAAAUUGCAGCUCUGUAUGUCCCUGUGCCUGCAUGUCAAAGACAUUUGAUAUAGAAAACCCAGAUUCCCUUUCCAAUGAUAAGUCAUGUUUAACAUGCAGCGAUGCGCUUAUGAAAAAGAAACGUAGUAGCCCACUAAUCACUUUUUGUCGAAGAGCCAAAAAAAAGAAAGAUGUGAAUAGGACAGAUACGGAAUAUAAUUCAGUGGUCGAGGAGAAAAGAUAUACAGCUAUCAACUACAGCUCUGCAUCCGAAAUAGGAUCUAAACGUGAAGCACCAUCAGAAUGUAUCUCUGUAGGUCAGUUGACAGAUGUAAUAUCAUCAAGGCAAGAUCCUGACAGGAGCCAUUUGCAAGAUGAGAUAUUCAAUGAAGAAGUUACAGCAAGUGCCACCUGCACUUCUGCAGAUUGCCAAAAGGAUCUACCAAUAAAAUAUGCUGCAAUAUCGUCAACAAUAAUGGACCUGGAGGGAAAUGAAGACAAACAAUGCAAGUUGACUGAAGUUGGGGUUUCUCUUGGAGAGGAGUUUCAAAGUGUAGAAAAUGGUGGUUCAAAGGGAGCUGUUUUUGAUGUUGGAGCCUCCAUGGUGCAUCUGGACCUAUCUGUUGCACCCCCUGAUUCAUGCGGUACAGUGAAGGCCACUUGCAGUGAACCAAAUAUAAAUGCUGCAUCAGGAACUUUUUUGGACAUCCCAAAUUCAGCUAGUCCAAAUCAUACUACUAUUUUGCAUGAUGAAAAGACUAAAAAAGGCAAGGGUCCAGUACUGUUGGAAACCAGUGAUGGGACAGUAAAAGAGAGGCCAUCUUCUGAUACACAUGCUGAUAUAAAUUCAUGCAUUAAGACAAAGGAACAUGGUAAUAACAGUAAAGAUUGUGGGAAGGCUUCCACUUUGCUGCCAACUGAUAUUUCUUCACGGAAUCUGUGUCAGCAGAAUUCUUCUGAAGAUUUCAUGAAAGAAAUAGCAUGCAGGCCAUCAGAAACAACUGCUUUUGUGGUUUCGUCCCUUACGAAGUCUGGAUGCAAAGAUGAUCGUUGUAGUCAAAUGUCAACAAAAUCUUUUCUUUGUUCCCCUCUUUUUCUUGGUUUAUCCCUACCAAUGGAGCCUGAGACUGCAGUUAGUGUCUACAAAGAUUGCUCCUCCAUGUCGCCAUUUCCAAGCUUUAGUAAAAGUAAAGAUGCUCAAAAUUUGCUGCCCCAUUCUGCAGCAGAUCAGAGUUCUAUCCAGAGACACAAGCUGAUGCUUGACAAUAUUGUAACAAGAGAAAAAGCACUAAAGGGAGACCAAGGCUGUUGGCUGGAUAAGUCCAAGGGAUCGGCGAAUGCAUGGUCAGAAGAAGAGUUGGAUUCUCUUUGGAUAGGUGUGAGGAGACAUGGAAGGGGCAACUGGGAUGCCAUGUUAAGGGACCCAAGAUUGCACUUCUCAGUAUGGAGGGUAGCAAAGGACCUAGCUGAGCAGUGGGAUGAUGAACAAUCCCAACUUUUGAGUGGAAUGCUGAUUCAGCCAGCGAGGUUCGGAAACUCACAAUAUCAUCCACAGCGCAUCAACAAUGAUUUGUGGGCUGAAACUAGAGUGGCUGGUAAUGGAUAUGCCAGUUAUCACAUGGGAAAUUGUAUGCCACCUAGGACUCAAGCCUUGAUGGAUGAAACUCAACUUUCUCUGGGGAAUGUUUAUGGUGAGAGAGAGAGGAGUUACCCAUACAGUCUCCCAAGCCAAUAUGCCAUGCAUAACACACUGGCAGAAAACAAUCCAGACAAAAUAUCAUCUGUUCUCAAUAGUGAACUAAGAAAUGCGGUUCUUCAGAGGAUAAGUAACAAACAACUGCAGAAAAGUAUUAGGGGUCAAAGGAAUCGCACGUAUCCUAAAAGAAAACGCCCAAGAUAUCUUACAGAUAUUUCCAUAUUUGAGCAGAAUGCUAUUGACAAAUCAGCAAGUUAUGAUACAUUACAGAAUGGAGAACUGUCCAGUUGUGGUGAAGGCAGAGCAACUUCACAUAAUUCUUUGUUGCCAGAUCAUCCUCCACCUGGAUCCUCUGUUAAAGGUAAUCUGCCACAUUGGCUAAGAGAAGUGAUUAGUCUCCCUCUUCCAAGGCCAACAGAGUCAGCAACGACUUACCCUGUUUCGCAAGUGAGCCUGCUCUAUAAUGAACACCAGGGGGUAACACCUCCUUUUUGCAGUCCAGGUGAUCUGCCAUUGCCCCAAACAAAUCCUCAUCAAGGUCUGAAGAAGAAUGACAUCAAUGGCAUGUUUGGUGGCCGUGAAACAUCUGACAUACCAUUGCCCAACCUUUCACGCAUAGGAAGCAGAUUUGGUCAUCUUUCAAUGACAGGGUCGAGCUCUGUAAUGCCUGAGGUGGAGAAUCAAAUCUUGAAUGGCGGAACCGAUUUGAACCCAGCAUGUUCAUAUUCUAUUGGUAAAGGAAAAGGCUUGAUCGUCAUUGAGAGUGAUGCUUCUUCUGAAGAGACAAUAUCAGACGAUCAAAGUGGCAGGUCUUAGCUGCUAUUGGAACUCAGAAAGCAUUGCAGUGUCCCAAGGAUGCUGGUUUUGUAGGUAAACCUGUUUGGUCAUAGAAAAUUUAUGAAAGAUCAGGACAUCAUGUACAUUUAUACUUCUAUUGCCUAUAUAAGGGGAGAGUUCCCCCCAAUAUUUUGU